AUGGCGAAUAUGAUCAUUAAGAAACAGUUAAGAUCUAUAAGUUUACCUUCUAGAUCACAACCAAGCACAAGUGGGCUCGAAGAAUCUCUUAAUAAGAUUAAAACAAUUAACACCACGACGGGUUCAUCCGAGUCGAUCUUGAUGGGCUUGGCUGGUUUGGAGGAGCUCUACAUUUUUCUGGAGGAGUUUCUGAAAAUGGGUUCAAAGCAACGGGUUAUGUCCUCUGGUGGGUCGGAAUUCAUGGAGGAAAUGCUUGAUGGUUCGUUGAGGCUGAUGGAUAUCUGCAGCGUCUCAAGGGAUCUAAUGGUGGAGACUCACGAGCAUGUUCGUGGCGUUCAGUCAUAUGUUAGAAGAAAGAAAGUAUCUGGUGGAGGAGGAGGAGAUAAAAUCGAUGUCGCUGUCUCCGACUAUGUCGGAUUUAGGAAGAACAUGAGAAAAGAAGCCAAGAAGCUUCUAGGAUCCUUGAAGAAAGUCGAUGGAGGGACUCGUUCAUGUGAUAAUGAUCAUGAAGAUGAACAACUUGUGGCGGUUAUAGAUAGGGUGAGACGAGUGGUAUCGGUAAGUGUCGUCGUAUUGAAGUCGUUCUUGGAAUUAUUGUCCAGACGAAAAAGUAACAUAAAGAGCAAGUUGGCGUCGGUACUAAAGAUGAAGAAGGAUAACCAUGCGCCAGCCAAGAACGUGUUGGAGACAUUAGAUUCCGCGAUUUUCGGAGAUUUUUUAUCUCAUGAUGAUCUUCAAAAUGAGCUUGAAGAGGUUGAGAUGUGCAUUGGUGGGUUCGAGAGAAAUCUAGAAGGGUUGUUUCGAAGGUUGAUAAGAACACGAGCCUCGAUUCUCAACAUAAUCUCCCAUUAG